UGCCAGCGAAUGACAGGGGAGAGAAGUGUUCUUCUCAGUUUGCUGUGAACAGAACUCCUCUGUGGAUAUCCCCGAUCUGGAUCUUCUAAAUACAUACAGAGCUGUUAAAAUGCUCGCGCUUUAGUCUUAUGUAUAUAUAUGUACAUAUAUGUAUAUAUAAAAGAAGCAUGAGAAGAAACUAGUGCAAUGGAUUUGAUGAGUGCGGUGGGGUUCGCAGCGCUGAUGCUCAGUGUCCCUGCGUUAGGAUCCAAUGUGUUAAGCGACAUUUACGAGCACAGAGGCCAGCCGAUCUGCAAGCGCGGCACCGAAAAGCCCUGCUAUAAAAUCGCCUAUUUCCAGGAUAGUCGGCGCAAAGUGAACUUCGAUGAGGCCAACCGAGCAUGCAGGAGCGAUGGAGGAGAGCUCCUCAGCAUCCAGUCAGCUGAUGAGCAGAAGCUGAUCGAGGGCUAUAUCCAGGAACUGAAAGCUUCAGAUGGAGAUUUCUGGAUUGGCCUUCGCAGAGAGCCCAUCUAUGAAGAGAGCAACAUAGACUGUGCGUCUCAGUACUACUGGAUGGACGGCAGCCAUUCAGCUUUCAGGAACUGGCACUGGGACGAGCCCUCCUGUGGUUAUGAGGUGUGUGUAGUGAUGUACCACCAGCCGUCAGCUCCUCCAGGCAUCGGAGGCCUUUAUAUGUUCCAGUGGAAUGAUGACAACUGUGAGACUAAGAACAACUUCAUCUGCAAGUAUACCAAAGAUAGAGCACCACACCCCACCACUGCAGGAAACAGAACACGAGCAGCUGUUCUGCCGACAGCAAAAGUACCCAAAAACCCCUCGGUCACAGUUAAUGAUGACGGAAUGAGGGUAGUUGUUUCUGAACCAACAGGUACGAAACAUAAUGCUCUCAAUAUCGCUUACAUUGUCCUCCCUACAAUACCUCUACUUCUGCUCUUGAUAGUCGCAACUGCAGUUUUCUGCUUCAAGCUGUUUACAAAAAGGAAAAAGGAACGAACAGAGACUCCACCCAAGGAGCCUGGGUACUGGCCGUCCGGUGACCGCUGCAACAGCCCCAGCCCUGACGUCUACAACGUCAUCCGGAGGCAGCAUGAGGCGGACCUGGCCGGCACACGGCCCGAUAUCAAGAACACCUCCUUUCUGGGCUCAUCUCCAGACACCCCACCCGAAGACUAUGACAACCUGGGAGGCCGGGACACAGAGAGUGGCUUCGUCACGCUGGCCAGCACCGAGAGCGGCUUUGUCACCAACGACAUCUACGAGACGACCUGCCACGGCCGGGGAAGUCUGAGAUACUACAGAGAGCACGGCUGGCUGGAUAAUGAAUUGUACGGCUACUGAAGGAGAAGCCAGUGCGAUCCGGAUUGUUUAUAGCCCUGUGGUCCAGACAGCUAAUGCCUCUGCUUUCCUUUGCCUGUGUCUGGUAAUUUGGUCUUUUAGGAACUCGAACAGGCAACCAAAUGAUGGAUUCUGACAAGUUCCAAAGUUAUAUUAACUUGCUGAGAGUUUAUCGAAUGGUAGAAGAUGUAACCAAUGGGGCCCAGGCAUUUCAAAGGAUUAAGAUCAGUGGAAAUCAAGGACAAAGUGUGGACUCCUGCAUUCGCAUGAAAUCAAAGACUAUGAAAAUGUUUAAAAGAUGGCAUAUAAGUGUCAUGAAACCUUUAAAGAGUUGAUCAAAACGUUUUUGCUAAUUUCUCUGAAUGACUGCUUGUGCAGAUACAGUUUUGUUGCUAAGAAUCUAUAUUUUUACCAGACAUUUUAUUACUAUAAAUUACCAAUGAAAUGUCAUGUUCUCUGUUCCCCAAGCUUAUCCAAAUUGGAAUAAUCACCGUCUUCUAGUGCAUAUACUCAAGUGCGCUUAGUCACUUCUCAAAAAGUAUAAAGAAGCUUCUUCUGGAAACAGUUCAGUCAGUUUUUCUGCAUAAUUCAACAGUUGUGAUGUAAACAAAGUCAGAGUGGCUUGAUGUGAAAUUGUUCAUUUUAGAGAAGCUUAAAAACUCUUAUUUUCUUUAUUACAAUGGUGGUAGUUGUGAAGAAAAGUUUUCUUUGGGUACUGUUUUUCCUUGUGGCACCCUCUACUGCGCCUGUCCACUUUCCUCUGUGUAUUUAAAACUAUAUAUGUUUUAGGCCAAAACCUUCUAGCAAGUUUGUUGUAAAACAAUAUCUCAGGCAUCAGACAACGUAUCUGUAAGCAUUUCAUGUAAUCACUUUUCUGUGAAGUAGCUUUUAAGGGCAUUAAGCACUUCAGAUGUCUAGUCACUAUCGUCACCACUGCGAACAAUUGUGACAUUGUAAGUUGCUGUAGAUUGGAGAAUUUCACAUUAAACCUUUAAUUAAAUCUUUAAUGAAGCAGAAAUCAGUGGAAUUCCCCUUUAAACAGCCCUUAUCAUAGAAAAUGGAUUUGUCCUGACUUUUUAAAUAAAAAAAUU